AUGGGUCCCUCAACCAUCCAUGAUCAAUUCAUGAUCCCUACCCGAACAUCUCCAGCCACAAUUGGUGACCUCCCAAUCGAACUUCACCAACAAGUUCUCUCCUAUCUCCCCUGGCGAGACCAGCUCAACUGUGAACAUGUUUGCAAAGCCUGGCGUGAGGAUCUUCGGGGAAGAGUUUCAAAACCCCGUAGUAUCGUCGCACCCUGGCUCCCUCAACAAGACUUCGAUCUCGCCCUCUACGGUGCUUUGGUAGUCCACACCUUGGUUACGAAUGGAACAACAUUCGCAUUCAAGUGUACCGAAGGAUAUAAAUUAUAUCCAAGCGAGGAAAUAGUUUCUGAGUCAAUCUUUCAAGAACUUGGGGGUGCAUUGGAAGGCGAAAACUUCGAGGCUGUCCAAUGUAUCUCUGAGUUUAAUUUCAUUGAGAAAGCUGGAACAGGGGCGAAUAUCAGGUUUGAAAAAUAUCCUUUGGCCAAUCUCUCGUUUUUGAAUGAUAUGUUGGUCAAUCCUGCUUUCGUCGAUGAGGACGAAAUCAGAAAGUUGUACGUCAGGUUUGUUCUGCAGGAGUUGGCCCCACCAGUCGAAGAAAAUAAGGAAGGAGAAGCUAGCAUUCCCUCAGACCAAACGGCAACCGACAGUAACAACAGUGGUGAUGGAGAUGGAAAUAACGAUGAUGAUAAUAAUGAUGGCGAUAACAAUGAUGAUGAUGAUGGAGGCGAUGACGAUGGGGACAACGACAGCGACUCGGAUGAUGAUGAAGACCCCAACGGUCCCGUCUACACAACCCUCAGCUCGGGCCAAUUCACAACCGAUGUAAACCUCAAUCCUGACGGCUGCAGCACAGACAUCUUCUAUCGACUUACCCUUGGCACUCUUCUCUUCAGAAUGCGCGAAAACCUUCUCAGAGAUAUCAUCCGCGUUAAGGGCCUCGACCCGGAUAACCCAACUUAUCCGGAAGAUUUGGGAGCCCAAGAAAUAGUUCAACUGGACAACGAACGAGCCAUCAAAAAGAGGGAGUACGAAGCUGGCACGGUCAUUAUCCAGGAGCUUCAAUUCGAGAGAUGUCGAGAAAAUCAGGCUUUGAGUAUCUCAUUCAGCGGCAUGAUUGUUUCGGAGGAAUCUUUGAAGCCUUGGGCCGCAGAGUUUGGCACUGAAGCCUCGAGCUCUUCUCAGAACUGA